UUCAUCUCCAUUCUUGCCACAUUCAAUUCCUGUGGGGCCCCUAAUUUGUGUUUGGAGUACACGGGUCGGAUCUCAUUCAACAUCACCUCUCCUUCACCCAAACACCGUCCGUCGCCUGUUUGUCCCACGCCAACCUCUCCUCAGCCACCCUCUCGUCCUUUUACUCGAUGCAACACCACCUUUGACUCGUCUCCCCUCGCCCCCUCCUCCCUCUCUCUCCCCUUCACCAUGUCCACAGAGCCAUCCAUCUUGUCGGCUGCAGGUGAACACGAGUCGCGUUCCCCCAUCGAUUAUCCCGCCCGCGAAACUCGUACCCGACGGUCGCGUCGCAAGAAGGAAGACGAUCUCGACCUUGAGCGGAAAGAAGCCGCCAGAACCACCAAAUCCCGAGAAAAAGAAAAAGAGAAGGAGGAGAAACUCGAGCCCAAACGGGGUAGCCGUCGCCAGCGAGAGAAAUCGUCGUCGACCUUCGCCAGCCCGGCCACUUCGGCCGCGUCUCACGCCCACGCUCGCAAGAAGCCCAAGUUGGAGGCAGCCACACCUGAUCAGAGUCCCCGGCCUGCUGCUGUCCCUACUCCUUCAUCCAUUGCCGUGCCUGCUGCUCCAGUCCCAGCGACGAGUCCUCCUACCACUGCCAUCUCAUCUGCCCCGGUAGCUCCAGCUCCAGCUCCAGCUCCAGCUCCAGCUCUAGCCCCAGCCCCGAGGAGUCCAGCUCCCAGCACCCCCAUAACGAGCCCACGGAAACAAAUAUUGGAUCCUGAAUCGAUGUCUCAAAAUACAAAUCGUCUUUUGAAUCCUCCCUCUCUGCCGUCGUCAGCCCAUCCGACCCCGCCGUCGGUGGCCCCUACAACUCUCGUCUCGUCUUAUCCGGCCCUGAUGCCAUCCGCUCCUCCUCCUCCUCCUCCUCCGCGGCCGCAUUCCCAGCCGCCCGCUCCCCCGCCGCAAAGAACAAGCGGCCAGAAUUUCGAUCCCAUUCGGUCGGCCUUUGAUACUGCAUCUCCUGCUAUAGCCCCGGCACCGACUCAAACGUUGGCCCCAGCUCCGGCUCCGGUGCCUACCUCCUUCAGUCCGCCGGCGCGCCAUCCCUCCCCGCGUCCAACAUUCCGUGCCAGUGCCUCGCCAGCCAUUGCCAGUAUCAUUGAUCCGCCCACCACGUCCUCGCCCCCAGUCUAUACCUCUCGUCCGUAUGGCUCUCCAAUUCAUGGUGCGUCCAGCUACUCACCAUCUCCUGUGGGCGCGUCCAUCGUUCCCACACCGCCGCAACCGCAUCCCCAAUCUCAACCCCAACCACGACCAAUUUCGCCUUAUGCCCUUCGGUCACCGUAUGCGGCACCUAUACAAGCCCCGCCACCACAAAAACCACAGAUUCCGGCCCCAGCGCCCAAGCCCAUUCCUGCAGCUCCCCCUCCGGCCUCACAACCUCCCACCCCAGUCCCAGCUCCGUCCAAUAACCGACCGCCCUCGCCUGGCCCAACACCGAUGGAUGUGGAGCCCGAUACACCAGCUACAUUAUCUGCUCCCAAAACGACGAAAAAGGAAUCCAAAUCCCCCUCGACAGUACCUGCAUCGAAAGCCCCAUCUCCCAAACCGGCCCGAGCAGCCAAGGAAGCCCCAGCACUACCUCAAGGCUCGGGACUCAUAUCUAAUGCCCUCUUUGGUGUGGAAGGCAGCUCAUCCUCAGGAGACGCGAGCAACCGGCGUACGCCUAGUAUUGUCUUGCACGUCCCGCUGAAGGGCCAUGGGAACCAGAUCAUCAACUUCGCCCGUUUAGCAGAGGAGCAAUAUGGGUUUGCUGCCUUACAUCCCCGUCUAGCUGCGCACAAGGAGCGACUUGCACGUGUGGCGGCGGCAGGGGCCGCCUUAGAGCGGAACGACAAGGCAAGUGGCCGGGGUCUCUCCGCAGGGGAAAGCGCGGAUGAGGAUUUGAGCAUGGAAAUUGACCGUGAUACUGAUAUGGACGGGGAGGGUACGAUGGCCGCGCCGACCCGCUCGAAUUGUGCGGAUCCGGCAGACGGGAAGAAGAAGCGCCGCAAGAAGAAAAUGGAGGAGUAUGACCGGGAUGAUCCUUUCGUGGAUGACAGUGAGUUGGCCUGGCAGGAACAGGCUGCCGCCAGUAAAGAUGGGUUCUUUGUCUACAGUGGGCCUCUGGUGCCGGAGGGCGAGAAGGUUCAGGUUGAACGGGCCGAUGGGACAAUCAAGCGUGGCCGUGGCCGCGGGCGUGGUGGUCGAGGUCGGGGGCCUCCGUCAUCCCAUCACCAGGUGCCCUUGGCCGCAGCUGUCCCGAUUUCCCAAGAAACCGGUCUUCCCGUUCGGGGCCCAGGGUCUCGGGGAGGCAGCACCACUCGCCGGCCGCGUAUCAGUAAGGCUGCCCGUCUGCAGGCGGAACAGGAGAGAGCCAACGCCGCGUCGGCGACCUCGCACGGACGGGGAGGGGGUGCCACCGGCCGUGGAGGCUCUACCAGCACGCGGGGAGGAAAGAAUCCGAUGGUUGAACUGGCGCCGCGUCCUAAUAUUGCCCCUGCUCCCCCGGGGCCCAGUCCGAUGAGUGGCCCGGAGAUCACGAUGAAGUAGGAUGGUUGGCUGAUGUCCUUCCUUUCCUCCCAGUCUUCGCCACGGGUAUUUCGUGCCGGGCUUCACACAUGCAGGCUUCUUCCAUUCUCUAGGAUAUUCUGCGUGUGAUUGGGUUUAUGGGUUUUCUUUCCGCUGGCGUCGGGUCCGGGUUAUAGGGGAAUGAUGAAGGGGCAUUAGUAGAAUGGGUUCGGGUGAUGUAAGGUCCGUGCGGUCGUUGGCCGUCUGUCUCCGUUGUUUAUGU